UUAAUAUCUGAAAGAACACUAAAACGCUUGAUUAUGUUCUAGCUAAAGCUAUUUGCUUUAUUGGGUCAGCGUGACAGGGUCACUGAACUUUAACGUCGCCAUGGACAUAUAAAAUGUUCUAAUAAUUUAUAACAAUAUUUUGUAAUUUAAUAUAUUUGUAAUAUGCACUUUAGUUGGACAGACACAAAUUUUGUGGCACGGUUUUGUUUUGGAAAACGAAAUAAGCACGCAAAGCACCAAAAUAUGAUGAGGAAAGCAACUCGAUGGCGGGGCUAUUGAAUUGUCAUUCUGACAGCUAAAUUCACUUAUUACAAAAGCGCGCCAAAUGAGUGUGGCCAUACUUGCUUAAGAAAUGAAUACCAUGAAUGCAGUGGAUGGUAGAAAUAAAUAUUUAGCGGCUGUAGAUUGUUUACAUCAGCGAUGGCGGAGCUACAUACAGAUAAAAUUUUAAUGGAAAUAUACAAGGAACAAAAAACAUUAGUUAAUUUUUUUAAUAGCAUUAUAGGUUUCCUGGUUCGCAAUACAAAAUUUGGCUUAAUAACAAUGGCGGAAAGGACAUGCUUGCAAGAAUAUAUAUUCAAAACAUUGUCAUCUUAUGAUGCUGCGAUAGAAACAAAUCGGAAUGUAGAAAAUGUCGUUACUAAAGGAUUAACAGUGGUGACAGAGGAAAGCAAUAUAAAUGAUGUCCCAAAAUCAAAUUUAGAAAAUGGUAUCGUUUCCAACCAUUUAUAUUGUAAUGCACCUAAUUCUUCCAACACCUCACAAGAGUGCAAUAGUACACAGUUUGACACUUACAAGCCCGAAGAGGGAAAUUCCGCACAAGUCAAGAAGUUUCGCACAAUUCUACCAAAAAAGCAAAACGUAGUUGAAGGUAACACAUUGACAAGUAUUCAAAUACUUAAUUCUGCAAAAUUAAAAAAACAUUCCAAGCGUGUGUAUAAAUGUGGAGAAUGUUCGGACAAAUUUGCUUCGUUUCGCCAGCUAAAAGCGCAUGAAAAUCUCCAUAUAACCCAAACCGAUGUAGGAAUAAGCAUUUGCGAAUACUGUUGCAGCUUAUAUGCUAACACAGAGACCUUGGAGAAGCAUAUUAGUGAAUGUCACAUGGAUGGGCGAUAUGUAUGUGUAGCGUGUACAAAAUUGUACAAAAGUCGUGGGCAAUUGCUAAAGCACGUACUUUCUAAUGUGCACAAUGCCAGUGCAUUAUUGUACUACUGUAGCUUAUGUCCCCGAUCCGAAAAAGUGCUUACAGAAUUUGUCUCGCGAAUUUCGUUACAACGACACUAUCAGGAAACACAUUUACUUAUGCCAAUGAAUCAUGAUGAAGAUGAUGUGGAAAUUGAAAUGAAUGAAGAAUUUCUUGACGACUUUCUUUUGAGUAGUGUCAAUGAAAAUUCAUUUAAUUUUUCUGAAUGUUGGGAUGCUUUGGAUCUAAAUUUGCCAGAUAUGUUACAUUUGACCAAUAGCGAUGAAAGGUUUACUGAUACUAAGGAUAAUGUAAUUUUAAAUUCUCAAUUGUGUUUCAAAUGUCCGAAAUGUUUUGAAGGGUUCUUAAAUCAAAAAACUCUGUUACAACAUAUUGCCCAUAAACAUGAACUGCCUGUAUUAAUAUGCAAUAAAUGCGACGCUAGCUUCAAGGACUAUACACAACUGAUCCAUCAUAAGAGUAUACAUCAUGCUCAAUGUGGUGUUGAACGAAGGGUAAUGGGAAAAUUGCUGAAAUGUGAAAUAUGCGAUAAAAUAUUUCGUAGCAAUGUAGCAUUAAACUAUCAUGUGAAAACUCAUUUACGCAUCCUUUUAGAUGCCCCACACGAAUGUCCAUAUUGUAGAAAGUCUUUUUACACUGACACAAAUUUAAAGCAGCACAUACGUAUCGUACAUUCGCAAAUAAAACGACACACCUGUGAGCUCUGUGAUAAACCAUUCGCGACACUCGAUCAUUUGAAGAAACAUGUGCUGAGUCAACAUCAAAAUGAACGCAAACAUAUCUGUCAUAUUUGUGCGAAAUCGUUUACCCAACUGUGUCAUCUUAAACAGCAUCUGACCAUCCAUACCACAGGCAAGACGCAUCAAUGUUUAAAGUGCAAAGAAAAAUUUUGGCGGAAGAUCGACGUGCAACGCCACAUGCUAAAAAAACACACAUAACUGAAACAAUUAUUUAUAAGAAAAUUUUUCAUUCAAAUUUUUUUCAUAUUUGGCCAAUAUAUUAUUGCAUUGUAAUAUAAUAUAUGUAGAUACAUACAUAUGUAUAUAAGUUUUAAAAGUUUAUUUUUUUUAUUUUUGGGUUUCUCCCAAAUAACGUUUCAGCAGUGCACAGAAGCGUGUGGCACCGUCAACUAAUUUCUCCUUGCUGUGAAAUGAAAUAGAUAAACGUAAACAAUUAUUUCCCACCGUAGGUUCGUAAGCAAAACGGGAACCGGGAAUAAAAAAUAUUUUCUCAUCUUGCAAACAUGUUUGUAAAAGUUUUCCAACAUCUGUAUUCGUUGGUAGUGAAAUCCAAAUGAAAUAUCCUCCCGACGGUUUAGUCCAUUUGCAACCAACAGGCAAAUUUUUUUCAAGUACUUCACAAGCUGCGAACAUACGUUCUUUAUAAGCAUGCUUCAUUUUGGCAAUAUGUUCUUGUGCCAAUUUUAGUUCAAAAAGACUGGCUAAUAUGCCCGAUGUAUAAUUAUUAAAACAGCCGCCGCUAUUUAAGAUACCACUGGAAUAACAGGAUGAAAUCAUGUUUGAAAAAUAAAAUAAUUUUAUAAAUUUUCGUUUA